GGGAAUUGCAGCCGGCUGGUUAUUUUUAGCAUCUGGAGUUAUCUCAUUGCGAGCAUGAGUCUUUGUGGUUGCAGAUGCUUGGAGUGCAAAGGGGGUGGCUGUUGGUGUGUGUGUGUGUGUGUGUGUUUCUCCUUGCUGGUUCUCUUGGUGCAGCCCAGAUCCUGUCAAGCAGGGAAAUUGCUUCGAGAUGGUUGGGCAAGAGGGAAAGCUUCACCUCCUGCUUUGUGAGCAUGCCAUGGACUUCCUGUCUUGCUCUCGUUUUUGUUUCCUUGCUCAGUGAAUUCUCUGUCCAAGAGCAGCCCCCACCCCCAGGUCAGAAGACCAGUUGUGUAGAGUCCAGGGAGACGCCAGCAAAGGAAACAUAACUUUCCCACUGAAAUGGGUCUGAGCCAUAGGAUAUGGUUGACCCCACAGUUACCCAGGUUCUAAUUUGUCACCUACCACCGUCUUGUCAAUGAGGGAAGAAACUGACGGGGAAAUUGAGCAGGCAGCACAGUCCUAAUCCUGUUCACCAUGCGCAAAGGGGUACCAAAGGACCCGGACAUCGCUGACCUAUUCUACAAAGAUGAUCCUCAGGAACUGUUUGUGGGUUUACACGAAAUUGGACAUGGAAGUUUUGGAGCCGUUUACUUUGCCACCAAUGCCCGCACUAACGAGGUGGUGGCAAUCAAGAAGAUGUCCUAUAGUGGGAAGCAAACGAACGAGAAAUGGCAGGACAUCAUCAAAGAAGUCCGGUUUUUGCGCCAGCUCAAGCAUCCCAACACCAUCGAGUACAAGGGCUGUUACCUGAAGGAGCACACUGCCUGGCUAGUGAUGGAGUACUGUUUAGGAUCAGCUUCGGAUCUGUUGGAAGUUCACAAGAAGCCACUUCAGGAAGUGGAGAUAGCUGCCAUUACCCAUGGUGCCUUGCAGGGGCUGGCCUACCUGCAUUCUCAUUGUAAGAUACAUAGGGAUAUUAAAGCAGGAAAUAUUCUCCUAACAGAGCCAGGUCAGGUGAAGCUAGCUGACUUUGGGUCCGCCUCUAUAGCCUCCCCUGCCAAUUCCUUUGUGGGGACACCGUACUGGAUGGCCCCGGAGGUAAUCCUGGCGAUGGACGAAGGACAGUAUGAUGGCAAGGUAGACGUUUGGUCUCUUGGGAUCACGUGCAUAGAAUUAGCGGAACGGAAACCUCCCCUCUUCAAUAUGAAUGCGAUGAGUGCCUUAUAUCACAUAGCCCAGAACGACUCCCCGACGUUGCAGUCCAGCGAGUGGACGGACUCUUUUAGGGGAUUUGUUGAUUACUGCUUGCAGAAAAUACCUCAGGAAAGACCAUCAUCAGCAGAACUACUGCGGCACGAGUUUGUCCGCUGUGAGCGGCCGCCGCGAGUUCUAAUAGACUUGAUUCAAAGAACGAAGGAUGCUGUGCGAGAACUGGACAACCUUCAGUACCGGAAAAUGAAGAAGAUCCUUUUCCAGGAGGCCCACAACGGCCCUCUGAACGAAUCUCAGGAAGAGGAGGAGGAGAGUGAGCAUGGGACCCCCCUGAGUAGGAAGAUGGACAGCCUGGGCAGCAACCAUUCCAUUCCCAGCAUGUCUGUGAGCACGGGCAGCCAGAGCAGCAGUGUCAACAGCAUGCAGGAGGUCAUGGACGAGAGCAGCUCUGAGCCGGCCGCACUGCAUGGCGACGAGAGCCCCCCUCCCUCCACCACCACCACCACCUCCUCCUCCUCCUCCUCCUCCUCCUCCUCCUCCCUUGUGCACAAGAAGGAUCAUGUAUUCAUAAGGGAUGAGGUGGGCCACGGGGAGCGCAGGCCUGAGCUGCGGCCUACCCAGUCAGUCCAGAAUCAGGCCCUCCACUACCGGAACCGAGAACGCUUUGCCACAAUCAAAUCAGCAUCUUUGGUUACAAGGCAGAUCCAUGAGCAUGAGCAGGAGAACGAGUUGCGGGAACAGAUGUCAGGUUAUAAGCGGAUGCGGCGCCAGCACCAGAAGCAGCUGAUCGCCCUCGAGAACAAGCUGAAGGCUGAGAUGGACGAGCACCGCCUCAGGCUGCAGAAGGAGGUGGAGACGCACGCCAACAACUCGUCCAUUGAGCUGGAGAAGCUGGCCAAGAAGCAAGUGGCCGUCAUAGAGAAGGAGGCAAAGGCAGCGGCAGCAGAUGAGAAGAAAUUCCAGCAGCAGAUUUUGACUCAGCAGAAGAGAGAUCUGACCAAUUUCUUAGAAAGUCAGAAGAAGCAAUACAAGAUUUGCAAGGAAAAGAUUAAAGAGGGAGCAUAUUCCAAAGCCCCGGGGCAGCCACAGAGAAGGCCUGGUCCUGAGUCACCACCAGAUCAGCCGGCGGCAACCCAUAACCGGACCUCCCCAGAUGAUCUUAAUAGACGGCAGGGCUCAUUACACAGAAGGGGCUCUCUUAAGUACCCUGGACCCAAGCCGUUCAGGGCGUUGGAGGAGAUGAACGAGGACCACAGCACACCGAAGAAGGAGAAGCAGGAGAGGAUCUCCAAACACAAAGAGAACCUGCAGCACACGCAGGCUGAAGAGGAGGCUCACCUUCUCAGCCAGCAGAGACUCUACUAUGACAAAAACUGCCGUUUCUUCAAGCGAAAAAGCAUGAUCAGGAGGCACGAGCUGGAGCAGCAGAACAUUCGGGAGGAGCUGAACAAGAAGAGGACCCAGAAGGAGAUGGAGCACGCCAUGCUGAUCCGGCACGACGAGUCGACGCGGGAGCUGGAGUACCGGCAGCUGCACACCUUGCAGAAGCUACGCAUGGACUUGAUCCGGCUGCAGCACCAGACGGAGCUCGAGAACCAGCUGGAAUACAACAAGCGGCGGGAGCGGGAGCUGCACAGGAAGCACGUCAUGGAACUGCGGCAGCAGCCCAAGAACCUGAAGGCCAUGGAAAUGCAGAUCAAGAAGCAGUUCCAGGACACGUGCAAAGUGCAAACCAAGCAGUAUAAAGCACUCAAGAACCACCAGCUGGAAGUCACUCCCAAGAGUGAGCACAAAACUAUUCUGAAGAGCCUGAAGGACGAGCAGACGAGGAAGCUGGCCAUCCUGGCUGAGCAGUACGAGCAGAGCAUCAACGAGAUGAUGGCGUCGCAAGCGCUGCGGCUGGACGAAGCUCAGGAAGCGGAGUGCCAGGCCCUGCGGCUGCAGCUGCAGCAGGAGAUGGAGCUGCUCAACGCCUACCAGAGCAAAAUCAAGAUGCAGACGGAAGCACAGCACGAGCGGGAGCUGCAGAAGCUGGAGCAGAGGGUGUCGCUGCGCAGGGCCCAUCUGGAGCAGAAGAUUGAAGAGGAGUUGGCCGCCCUGCAGAAGGAGCGCAGCGAGAGAAUCAAGUUUCUACUGGAAAGGCAAGAGCGGGAGAUUGAGACUUUUGACCUGGAGAGCCUUCGGAUGGGCUUUGGGAAUUUGGUCACAUUAGAAUUUCCAAAGGAGGACUACAGAUGAGAUUAAAUUUCUUUUGCCAUUUAAAAAAUGCAAACCAACCAACAGAAAAGUCUCUCUUCUCCCGACAUUCCCCCCAUGUUAACGGGUGUGCUCUCUCUCUCUUUCUGUCUCUCUUCCUGACAUCACGUCGGACUUAGUGCCUCUAUCUUCUUACUCCGUCAGGGGGGCCCCUUUUCCGCCAAGCGUCAAGCUCCAGAGCCGGACCCUGCUCGGCAAAGUCUCUUGAAUCUCAUAGUGUCUCACAGUAUUGAUGUCUCUGUGCAAUGAAUUUUUUUAAAGGAAAAAAAUAUGUUUCAGUGGAAACUUUGGAGACAAUUCUAACGAAUCAAAAAAAAAAAAGUGGAUGUAUGUUUGCUUUUGAGCAAUUACUCCUUUUUGCCACCAACCAAUGAAAGUACAAGCAAAAAACAAAAUUUUAAAAAGAAAAAAGAAGUCAAAUCCCCAGGGGGAGAGAGAUGUAUAUCGCAGCCUUACCUUAAUCAGCUGCUGCAUAACUUUUAGUUUUUAAUUUUAUUAUUAUUUCUUCUUUCGUAUUUAUUCAUCAGGAAUAAUGAAAUAAAAAAUAAAAAUUUUAUUAAGAGAUUGAAAAAUUUGAUACAUUUUACAGAAAAUAUGAAUUCUGAAUUGUGCUGUACAUAUCAGUGGUGGACAUAUUAUUACUUUGGGGAGGGGGGGAGGGGAGGGGGUGGGAAAGAGGGAGAGCGUGAUUUUUUUGAAAAGGCCAGGCCAGGCCAGGUGGGUUUUUUGGCCGAGGUCUUUGGCACAUUCUUGAUUGUAUCAUAAUCAUUUUCUGCUGUAGCAGAGGAUGUGAAUACACUUAAAAAAAAAAAAAAAAGAGGAGCCCAGAGGACCCCAAGAGCACAAAUUGGGCCUUGUCAAAUUGUGUAUUUUGUGUAUAGAAGGAAAUUUAAGGAGAAAUUUACUUAUUUUCAUAUUGUAUUUUAACUGUUUCUCUGAUCAGAAGUUUUUUUACUACCUGCCUCCUCGUCCCCCCCCGCCCUGCUCCUGCCCACACCAACCCCCCCCCGCCUUUCCCAAGUCAGUCUUUGGAGUCCCCACUGUCUCUCCAGCGCAUCCCUUUGAGCCUUCCUCCUCCUCCUCCUCCUCCUCCCCCCCAUGACCCCACCCCCACCUUUGGUUUCCCACUGCCAUGCUCCCCUCUUCCUGUCCUUGAUAACCUUGGUCAUAAAUAUUGCAUUAUUCACACUUUCAAACUGUGUAUUUUCUUACAAUAAAAAAGGUUAAAAAAAAGGCUUUACUUCUUUUGCAUGCACUUUAAAAAAAAACUACAAAACAAACAAAAAAAAACUUUUUCAGGUUCGAAGGAAGAGCAUGAGAACUGUCAGAGCUUUUAAUUAUAUUUGUAAAUAAAAGUGUUGCUCACGAA